UCUGCCAUUUUUACGAACGUGUGCUUGCGAGAAGGCAGACUAAAAUGGGGGCGGAUACACCAACUCACCGUCUAUCGAAAGUCGAACAACAGCGUCGAACAGCUUUUUCUUCUAUGCGAAAGGAUGAUAUGCAGUGUGCCGGAUGCAAAGCGGCAAGCGACGGCGAAGAGAGCGAAAAGGGCCGUCUAUAUAAAAAGCAUUUUGUGCAUAUGAUGUGUUGAAACCCGGUCUAUGCAUGGUCUUUUGCGUCGUGCCAAAAUUGGCAGUGCGCGCACGAAUCACACCACACACACAGCAGCGCUGCCCGCUUGCCGCGGUGCAUUGUCCAAUAGGACAUAUGCAGGUCACAUCGAUUGGAUCCACGAUUCAUCAUAUCAGAUCUGAUAAAGAGCCACCGGCAUCCGUCAUAUUGCACGUAACAUUCGGUCCAGAACGCCAGCAGGCACCAGUAGUUUCGAAAAUUUGCAUGCCUUCUCGUGAAAAUUUGAAUGCCUUGUUGUCCUUCCAAGUGAGAUAUCGUCUAAUCUGCUCCUUUACUGCAAUUCGCAGCUGCCAAGCGCUCGAGCGGAGCAGCAAGCACAUCUCUCUGUCUUGGCACCUCGAUCGCUGCUACCAAUGCCUGCCCUUUGAUGAUCCACCGAUGACGGUAGAUCAUAUACAUCAGGCAUCGGGUAUCAUCGGACACGCCAUUGGCCAUCGUUUAGCGUCUGGUGUCCUUGCACAUCUGAAAAUCGCAUUCACUGCAUCUCUUCUCAGAUCAGUUUCACAGAUGGAGCGUUGAAGCAUUACCUGGCUAACUAGCGCACAGCUCCCACGGGACUGCAUAUCAAUCGCACGUAGAUUCCGCGAUCUGAAUGAACAACUGCGAAAAUCACGUGUCGCAAAGCAAGUGC